CGCUUUCCUUUUUCCAUUUUUUUUUUCUUACACGCGUACACGUGCACAUGAAUAUCAUAUUUUCAUCUAUUCAUAUUUUCAUCGCAGCACAAAUGAAUAAAAAAAUUGCAUAUUGAUGCUGGUGUGAGAGUACAAUCUAAGGGUAUUUAAGAGAAGCAGAGAGAGAUAGAGAGAGAGAGAGAGAGGGAGAAGAAAAUCAUUCAUGAUGGAGAGUUCAUUGUGGAUUACUGUGUUUGUGACAGCAAUUUUAUUUUGCAUCAUAUUUCUGGUCUAUAGCAAAGGCAAAAGCAAGUUAAGCAGAUCAAUACCCUCACCCAAAAACUCAUGCCAGCUUCCUUUAGGCACUCUGGGAUGGCCUUUUGUUGGGGAAACCAUUGAGUUCAUAUCUUGUGCUUACUCAGACCGCCCUGAGAGCUUCAUGGACUGCCGUCGCCUCAGGUAUGGAAAAGUGUUCAAGUCACACAUUUUUGGGACUCCAACUAUUGUUUCCACAGAUGCAGAAGUGAGUCGAGUUGUUCUACAAAGUGAUGCAAAGGCUUUCGUUCCCUUUUAUCCGACAUCCUUAACUGAGUUGAUGGGAAAAUCCUCCAUUCUGCAAAUAAAUGGAAGCUUACAAAGGAAAAUCCAUGGUCUCAUCGGAUCCUUCUUUAAGUCCCCACAUCUCAAACAUCAGAUCACUAAAGACAUGCAAAAUUAUGUACAACAAACAAUGGAUAAAUGGAGAGAUGAUCAUCCCAUAUACAUACAAGAUGAGACCAAAAAUAUUGCCUUUCAAGUACUAGUCAAGGCAUUGAUUAGUUUGAAUCCAGGUGAAGAAAUGGAACUCCUCAAGAAACAGUUCCAAGAAUUCAUCUUAGGCCUCAUGUCUUUACCUGUAAAAGUACCCGGAAGUCAACUUUAUCGAUCCUUGCAGGCAAAGAAGAGAAUGGUUAAGAUCGUACACAAAAUUAUCGAAUCUAAAAGGAAUUCAGGCAUGAGCUCAAAAGUUCCGAAAGAUGUGGUAGACGUUUUGCUCAAGGAUGAUAGUGAACUAUUAACAGAUGAUCUAAUAGCAGAUAACAUGAUUGAUAUGAUGAUUCCUGGUGAAGAUUCAGUGCCUGUCCUAAUGACUCUUGCAAUCAAAUACCUUUCAGAUUGUCCUGCUGCCCUACAUCGAUUGACUGAGGAAAACAUGAAGUUGAAAAGGCAGAAAGCUCAGAAAGGAGAGCCAUUGAUUUGGAGUGAUUACUUAUCAUUACCUUUUACACAAAAUGUAAUUACAGAAACUCUAAGGAUGGGAAACAUAAUCAUAGGGGUGAUGAGAAAGGCCAUGAAAGACAUUGAGAUAAAAGGGUAUCUGAUACCAAAAGGAUGGUGCUUUUUUGCUUAUUUUAGAUCAGUUCAUCUUGAUGAAAAUCACUAUGACUGGCCUUAUCAGUUCAAUCCAUGGAGGUGGAAAACUCACAGACAUAUGGGGACUCAUCAUCAUGUACAGGAGAAAGACAUGGUUAGCAGCUACAGCUUCACUCCAUUUGGAGGUGGACAGAGGCUGUGUCCUGGACUUGACUUGGCCAGGCUCGAAGCUUCCAUUUUUUUACACCAUUUUAUCACUAAUUUCAGAUGGGUGGCCGAUGAUGACACAAUUGUCAACUUUCCAACAGUGAGAAUGAAGAAGAGAAUGCCGGUUUGGGUCAAAAGAAGGGAAGACUCCUAGCAAACCUAAACCUGCUUUUGGCCUUUGGCUAAGAAAAGUUUAAGCAGAAACUUCCAAAUUCAAUACAAUGAUAUAAAAGCAAAACCCGGCAUGAAAAACAUCAAAGCAAAGUAAAGAAACAAAAAAGUUUUCAGCCACAGUGUACACGUGUGGUCGGAGCACUGACAAGUUAGACAUGUUUGGACGUAAAAGUCUAAGUAAAUUUUUUUUAAUGGGACCCAUAAACUAUCCCUGGAGCUUGCAUUAAUUGCCCUGUCCCUCUUGUUUUUUCACCAUUAGCAAUUUGUACCACAGUAAGAAUAAUAAAAUGAA